CAGAAGAAUCUACAGUGUUUGCGUGCUCACCGCUGGUCGGCUUGGCUCCAGGCCGCUGCAUCACCAUCACCGCCCCGUGUAGCCCAGAAUGCCUGUUGGGUUGCUUUGCUUCCGUUCGGUUUUUCACUCGGGUGUUUCGGAGCAUUUCGGUUCUGACCGUUGCAGUGCGAUACCGCACAUACACACACAGUACUUUCCACUUCGUACACGCAGGUAAUCUGCUCUCAGCCCGUUCAGUGGGAUGGCAGCCGAGAGAGCUUGCUGGACCGUGUGCUUGGUGACGCUGCUUCUCCACAGCGUUCCCACCGCCACUUCUUUCAUGCUGGGGGUGAACACCAGCACUCAUGAGACCGAAUGGCAAGAACCACCUCUCCGCACGGAGGCUCAACGAUCUGCGUGCGCGGCCUACGCUGGGGAGUACGAAGUCUGGUACCAGGGGGCGCAGCGCAGUACGAAUCUGAUAAUCUAUUGCGACUGCACCGCGACCCAGCCUGGAAAUUUCACGGACAGCCUUCGUUUUACCAGUGUCUCGUCCCAGUGCCUUGGCCUCGGUGCUUCUCAGUUCUAUAUCUUGAAGACGCACGGGUCCAGCAAGUACGAGUGUCUGUACCAGAGCGGCACCACAAUCGCAGGCUAUCCAGCUGCCUGCGGCAACUCCCGCCCCCGUGCCACACCAUCAUUGUCGGCGGCGGUUUUUGGAGGGGGAACGGGAGGCCGUAACAUGUGAAGUUUCGUGCCCAGAGGCUUCGCAGAGCCGCAACAUGCGAUGCACGCUUCUCCGUC